AUCUUUAAAAUAGGUUGAAGAAACAUAAAUGGCGACCAAAGAAUUCGACUCUUACAGUGAGCGCAAAGCUUUCGACGAUAGGAAAACAGGUGUGAAAGGUCUUGUUGAUGCUCACAUCACUGAGAUUCCUCGAAUCUUCCGUCUCCCUCAAGGUGUCUUAUCCGACAAGAAACCUUCUGUCUCUGCCUCGGAUUUUGCAAUCCCUAUCAUCGACUUUGAAGGCCUCCACGUCUCGCGUGAAGGUAUCGUCGAGAAGAUCAAAGACGCUGCAUCGAAUUGGGGGUUCUUCCAGGUGAUUAAUCAUGGUGUUCCUUUAAACGUUCUUGAAGAGAUUCAAGAAGGAGUUCGUAGGUUUCAUGAAGAAGAUCCUGAGGUUAAGAAAACUUACUUCACCCGUGAUGCCGCUAAAAGAUUUGUCUACAAUAGUAACUUCGAUCUCUACAGUUCUUCUUCAUGUGUUAACUGGAGAGACUCGUUCGCUUGUUACAUGGCUCCUGAUCCUCCAAACCCUGAGGAACUCCCAGUGGCUUGCAGGGAUGCUAUGAUCGAAUACUCAAAGCAUAUGAUGAGAUUAGGUGAUUUGAUCUUUGAGCUUCUCUCAGAAGCUCUUGGUUUGAGAUCUGAUAAGCUUAAGAGCAUGGAUUGCAUGAAGGGUUUGCUUUUGAUCUGCCAUUAUUAUCCUCCAUGUCCACAACCUGAUCUAACUAUCGGCACAAAUAAUCAUUCGGACAACUCCUUCCUCACAAUUCUUCUUCAGGACCAAAUCGGUGGUCUUCAAAUUCAUCAUCAGGACUGUUGGGUCGAUGUCUCUCCUAUUCCAGGGGCUCUAGUCAUCAACAUGGGAGAUUUCUUGCAGCUAAUAACGAAUGACAAGUUCAGAAGUGUGGAGCAUAGGGUGCUAGCGAACAGGGCAGCUACACCGAGGAUAUCAGUAGCGAGCUUUUUCAGCACAAGUAUGCUUCCGAAUUCAACUGUUUACGGACCAAUCAAAGAGAUUCUCUCUGAAGAAAACCCUCAAAAAUACAGAGUCAUCGACUUAAAAGAAUACACAGAGGGGUACUUCAAGAAAGGCCUCGAUGGAACAUCGUAUCUGUCGCAUUACAAGAUAUGAAAAAGAACACUUGAAAGAGUAAAUCAUCUCAAGUUUAUUGUAAUAUAUUGGUGUGUUUCAUGCAUCUAUUGGGUCAGUCCUUGUCCACUUGUCAGUUCUUGACUCUGCAAAUAGCUAAACCUUUUGUACCAAAAACGAAAAGAACAAAGAAGGUUGUGGUAUGUGUCUAUCAGUCUAUGUAUUAUUUUAGUGAAUGCAUUAAAUUGGGUAUAAAGGUUCAAACUUGAU